AUGGCGGCCCACCCCCUGUCAGGGGUCACCAUCCUGGACCUGGCGACAAUCCAGGCCGGGCCCUACGGCGCCGCCCUUUUGGCAGACCUUGGGGCGCGGGCAGUGGCCGACCCACGGACCUACGCUGGCAAGGAAGGCAUUCAGGUGGACCUUCAGACCCCAGAGGGCAAAGAGAUCGUGCAUAAGCUCAUCGCCAGGGCCGAUGUUCUGUCGCACAACUUUCGCCUCGGCGUUCCGGAGCGCCUCCAGAUCGAUUGGGAGACCUGCCUGAAGAUCAAUCCCCGCCUCGUCCAUGUCUGGAUGGGGACCUAUGGCGAAAACGGGGUACACGCGCGUCGGCCGGGCGCCCAUCCAAUUCCCGGCGCUAUCAUGGGCGGCGCCAUGCGGCAGAUGGGCCGGGGCAUGCCCCGCCGCCGGAACAGGUCAUAG